AGGGGAGGGUUUUGGGCGGCGUGCGCUCCUCGUCUUCGCUUCGUCUGGAGGCUCUCGACUCUCGCUGCGGUCCUCCGUUUCGGACGGUUGCGGCGGUUCGAGGCUCCUCGCCAACCGACUUCGACCUCCCUCCCUCUCUCUCUCUCUCUAUAUAUAUAUAUAUAACUCAUUGUACUCCGUUCUGUUAUCGCGGGGGUCAUUUAUUUUUUUUUUCUCUUUCUCUCUCCUCGCACGCUUGCUCGUCGCGGGAGUCUCUCUUAUCAUCAGUGAGAGUGAUAAAGAGAGCUCCUGCGGUUUUUGAUUUUUAGUGCCAAGAUGAUAGGGCCAUUUCUCACCAGAGCUUCUAUAUUGAUCCUUGGCUAUGCCUAUCCGGCAUAUGAAUGCUAUAAAACUGUGGAAUUGAGUGAGCCGGCGAUCGAGCAGCUGCGAUUUUGGUGUCAGUACUGGAUUUUAGUUGCUGUACUGACAAUCUUGGAGAGGGUUGGAGAUACUUUCAUUUCAUGGUUGCCAAUGUACAGUGAAGCAAAGUUGGCAUUCUUUGUGUACCUCUGGUAUUCUAAAACAAGGGGCACGACAUAUGUCUAUGAGACAUACUUUCGGCCAUUUAUUGGGAAGCAUGAGACCGAGAUCGAUCGUAAUUUGCUUGAGCUGAGAGCAAAGGUUGCUGACUUUAUGAUGCUUUAUUGGCAAAAGGCUUGGAGCUAUGGUCAGACAAGGUUGUUUGAAAUUUUGCAAUAUGUUGCCUCACAAUCACAGGCACGAAGAACUCAACCUGUUCAGAAGCAACAACAACCGCAAUCACAGCAAAUCUGUCAAUCACCUCCAGUGGCUCCUGCUCGCCAACCAGCAGCCUCUCAGGAACCUCAACAGCCAGAACAAGCACCUCGCGGCCCCAGUAAGACCCAGCUGCAAGAACAACCCACAAAGGCUGGUGGCCUUUCCCUGGCUGCCUCUCUAGCCAGGCAGCCGCAAGCAUCAUCAGCUCCCAGCCCAGCUGCUUCCGGGACUGCCAACCAUACAGCUCCAAGUGAAGAACCAAUGUUGGUCGAUGCAGCCACGUCUACAUCAAAGGAAGUCUUGAAUCCACCAGCACAGGAGACUGCCAUGGAGGAGGCAAUUCGCAUGACCCGUAAUAGAUUGAAAAGACGAGCUGCCAUUGGUCGUUAGGGCGUGAUUGCUUUUGUUUCUAGCAUAGUUAGGUGUUUUCUUGGCGGCGGAGGGCAAACAGACUGAUUGUUAGAAAUCCGUUUGGCUUGAGUGGUAGCAUUACCAGUUUCACCCACUGUAAAUAAUUGACCUUGUAAUAGGCGCAGAUAUAUGCAUUAUGGAUAGAAAUAUCGUUGAGUAGCUGGUUCUUAUUAAGAUAACACUGGUACAGAACAUGGUAGAAACAAGCUAGCUUGAUGGUUUAUGAUGAGCUGUUGAACAUGGUUUAUAGAAAUAAUGGAGGUGACUCAUGCUCAUAGAUGCGGAGGGAGGGCCCACAAAGCUGAAGAGGAUCCAGCCACCAAGGAUGAUGCAGAUGGAAGCACAGGCAAACUUAUUGAGCCAGAAGAGGAGGCCUGUCUCCCCGUUGUAGAGCUUUACUGCCUUCUUGCUCGGUGUCAUGGAGUUCCAAUCUUAAGGUGGCGGCUGAGUGGUUGGUGGUGGUCGAGGCGGAUUCUGAGACGUUGGAGACAGACAGGAUUUAUGAACAGGUGGCUCCAAUUUGGCAUUCCUCAAAUUUGUUCUACUUCGGUUUUUCCCAGUUGGGGCUUUGGCCUCUGUUUCCAAUUAUCCUUGGACACAUUUGAUUGUUCUGUUACAGUUUUGCACUGAAGGCGACGUUUGACAGAGGCAUUCUUUAAUAUCCUUUAGA